AUGAAAUUCGGCAAAGAGUUCGCGAGCUAUCAAAUCCGGCUGCAAGAGUCGACAGACCUUCCCGCGCUAUUCCCGCAGGUGGACUACCGCGCGCUCAAGAAAAUUCUCCGCCGCUGCAUCUCCUCCCACGCGCUGCGCACCGAGCUGCGCGCGCAGGCGGUGCACUCGCAGGCGGAGCUCCACGCGGAAGAGGCGGAGUUGCGCGCGCAGGAGGAGACGCACGCGGCGGAGGCGGAGUCGCACGCGGACGGGACCGCGGAAGCGGCACAGGCGGAGGCGGAUGCAGGGAGGGGAGCGGCGGACGCGGGGCGGGAAGAGGCGGAUGCGGCGGAGCUCAAGCCGCGUUCCGCGGCGGGCUGCGCAGUAACGUCAUGCACCCGCGGGGAACUUCCUGCGCGAACAGAGGCAGCAACAGCGGCCCCGCGAGUGGCGGGGCAAGAAGCGCCGGACCUCAAGCAUUCCGCAGAGAACUGCGCAGUAACAUUUUGCGCCCGCGGGGAACUUUCCGCACCAGCAGCGACCCUUGUAGCGGCGGCUGCAGCGGCGGAAAACGCGCCGACAGCAGCGCCCCUAGUAGUUCUACCAGCGGCGGCGGCGGCGAAAGACGCGCCGCCAGCAGUGGCGGACGCCGGCGCCAGUGGCUGCGCGCAGUGCGACGCGGAGUUUUUCGGGUUACUGGAAGCGGAAUUGAUGAGUAUCGAGAGGAGCUUUAAUUCCACUGCCACGCGGCUGCUGAGCUGUCACAACGCGAGAGGUCUCCGGCUCAUGUGCCACGUGCUCUCGCCACGUCAGCUCUUCUCUGCGGGUGGACACAGUGGCAGGAGUCCGCGCUGGCAUUCGCACAAGCCAGCGGCCCUCCUCCGCGCAGCGACCAGCCUGCUGGAGCACCUCGCUAUAAGCUUCCUCGCUACGCAUAAAAUCCUCAAGAAAUACAUCAAAGUACACCGCAGGUCGAGCCUGGGCGUAUGUGACGCGCGUGAGGCGGCGCUCGCUGCCCCUGAAUCGUGGGAGUCUGUGAUUCGCUUGAGGCGCCUCCAGGGGCGAAUCGUACGGUCACCGUUGCUCAUCGAAGUGACUGCAAUGGCUGCCAAUCUAGAGCUCAAGAUGAGUGGUGGGAGGAGAGGGGGGCAAGGAGGAGGACGGCGAGGAGAGAGAGGAGGAUUGGGAGGAGGAGAAAAAGGGGAUUUGGUAGGAGGGAAGAAGGGAAGAUUAGGUACCGAGAAGAGUAGAAGCAAGAAAAGCGGAACGCAGGGGAGUGGCGAUGCAGCGUCGGUGUGUCCUCUCCUCGGUUCAGAGCUGCUGCUGAAAGCGGAGUUCAGAGCGAGAGUGGACGUCACCUGCCCCGUGUGCCUGGAGGUCCCCUUUGACCCCGUGUCCCUCGCCUGCACGCACAUCUUCUGCCGCGGCUGUGCUUGCUCCGUGGCCCAUGUGCCGGUGUUUUUCGGCCUCGACUCCGCAUCGCCCCACAUCACGUGCCCGCUGUGCCGCCAGCAGGGGGUGUUUCGACAACCCCGGUCUCUAAGGGAACUGCACAGGCUCAUCAUGGCACGGCAGCCAGAGCAGUGGAAGGCAAGGAGAGACGAGGAGCAGAAGAGGAGGCUUGAGGAGGAAAGGCGGUACUGGGAUGGUCAAAUGCGCAUCGCUAUGCAUAUGAGCUUCGCCUCUCUGCAAACAAGGCGAACUCCCGCGAGAGCCGCAUAUGCUAAUCCGCACGGCGGACGGACUCCUGGUGCACCAUCCCCGCUCACUCAGUAUUCGGCAAGGAUCGAGCAAUUGCAUUCGACGGCAACGAAGGCAGUUGAAAGCGCGGCCACUACCGCUUUCAACUCUGCUCCCACGUCGUCUGUCGCUGCUUCCUCCCCGUCGUUGAGUCCCUUCCGCCAAAAAAUAAACGAAUGGUGGGCAGAUCAUCUUGUCAGCAAGGCCAAUUUCGUGGAAGCUGCUGCUCCCUGCCUGCCUUCAGAUGACGAAGAGGAGUUCGUCAUUUUGAAGCCGCCUGUCGAGGUGGAUUCUAAGUUCCAGCUUCCGCAAAAGGGCCCUGAGGUUAAUUAUUGA